AGUCACGGUCUAAUCUAGCUGCUGGGCAAUGGCGGGUAGAGCAAGGCCAGUGCUGGAUCUAGGUUUUUAUUUUUAAAAAUAAUAAUAAUAAGAAAUUUUUAUUUAUACCUCGCCCUUCCCGGUUCAAAAACCGGGCUCAGGGCGGCUAACAACAAAUUUAAAACAUUUUAAAACACUUAAUUAUAAAAGCAACAUAAAAUACAGUAUAAAAACAUGACUAACAAUAAAAUUCAAAAAUCAAUUAGAUAAUCCCCAGGGCUAGCUGGCUGAAUUGGUCCUACUUGGGCCAGCAAGGUGGUCAGGGAAGAAUUAGCUGUGGGGUCUCAGAGCGAGUGAUCUUCAUAAAAGGGGAGGGGGAGGGAAGAGAAGGGAAAUAAAAGAUCAGGCUGAAUUCAAAUUAAAGGCCAGGUGGAAUGGCUCUGUCUUACAGGCCCGAUGGAAGGAGGUUAAAUCCUGAAGGGCCCUAGUCUCAUGGGACAGAGCAUUCCACCAGGUCGGAGCCAUCACUGAGAAGGCCCUGUCCCUGGUGGAGGAUAGUCUGACUUCCUUAGGUCCCAGGACCUCUAAACUAUGGUUAUUCAUGGACCUUUUGAGAAAGGGAGCGGUCUGUGAUGUUAAUGGCUACAAGCCAGGGUGGCUAUGUUGUUCCCCUACUUUCUGAGGCAGUAUGCCUCUGAAUACCAGUUGAUGGAAAUCACCAGUGGGAAGAGCACUGAUGCACUCUGGUCCUGCUUGUGAGAACAGGAUGCUGGACUUCUUAUGUGUUAAGUAUAACUGGUUUAAUUCAUACUGAAAUGGGAAUGCCUGCGUCUAUUGGGCUUAACUGGAAGAUUCCACUGAAGCUAAACUAAGAGCAAAAAGAACUCUCUAAGCUGCUUUGAUGGAUUGAUAUUUAAGUGUUAUUAUUCUCAGGUAGCUCUGACAUAGUGUUUUAACCUUAGAUCACACGAGGUGUGUUGAACUGCAAAUCCGCCAUCUUGGAAGGGUGCUGGCUGGAGUCUUUUAUUCUCAGGCUCUGCGAGAGCGAGGAUGUAAAUGAAGCUCUCCAGGAAAACAGCUCCGAGCGGAAUGGAUGCUGUAAGGAGAGACACCUUUCCUUCUAGGUCUGCUGGAAUUAUUUCGUAUUUUGUAAGAACUGGAACUGUUUGGAUGUCCCGUUUGAUGUUUCUGUUCUGUUUUGAAGAAAGUUCUGCAAGUAAAAUUCCAAAUGAUAUCUAAUGGGUCUGGGUAAUUCAUCAUUUCAAAAGGAGUCAAUUUUUGUGUAUCCAGUCACUUCAAACGGCACAAUAUUAAUGUGUGCAAUAUUAUGUUCUUAGGGCCAGAUGUGCAUUUUGCCUGAUCCAGCAGGGUUCUUAGACUGUUAUGCUUACAAGGCAGCAAGCACACAUGUGCAAUACUGAAACUUUCCUCAGGCAUUCAUCUGCGCCUAUGGGGAGCACUGCAUACAGAAUCAGGAGUAAAGGGGGCAUACAAGGUAUGCCUCCAAUGUCCCCACAUGCAUGGGCUCCCAUCAUACCAAUGCAUGUUGAGCAUUGAGGUCUGAAAGAGGCUUUUACGUGCAUUCUGGUGAAUGUACCUUGCAAUGUCUGCAACACUGGGAAACCCAUCUUAUCGGGUUUUCCAGUUGCACAGAGUCUUCUAAGCAUCCUCAGCUAUUUGCUUUUCUGUGGACAUGGGGAGAUUUUCUCAGAGGUAUAGGGGAGAUGUCAUGGUGUUACCAAGGAGGUUGUGUAAAUUGGGGGCAUCAUUCCUGGGCCCAGAAGAUAAAGGCUUUCUUAUUCUUCCUUUGGUUAUCAGCCAGAAACAUUUCUCCUGUAAGGAGAGGAAGAGGAGCAGGGAAAUGGCAGUGAAAAACAGAAGCAGACCAGGGAACAAAGAUGUACUGAACAACAUUCAAAACUAUACAAAUGUUCUGUGAAGUGAGUGUUUUUUGUUUUUUUUAAAGGCCAUUCAUUUAAGAAGGCCAUUGUUUUUUCAACAAUUGCUGUAUAUUUAUCUAUCCCCUUUCUUCCAUGACUGAAUUCAAGAUUGUGUAGAUAAAAGUUCCUGGGGAACUUCAUUAUACACCUUUAGGCACCAGGCAAAAAUGUUCCUCUUUAACCAAGCUAAUUGACAUCCAAUAACCUUUUAAAGUAUGUUGGGGGUGGUGAGGGGUUAUUGGGUUGUUCAUGUUUUUAUUAUGCAUUUUGUGUUUUCAUUUUGUGAUUUUAUGUUGAGGACCGCCCUGAGAUCUGUGGCCAUAGGGUGGUACACAGAAAUAAUAAUAAUAAUAAUAAUAAUAAUAAUAAUAAUAAUAAUAAUAUCCUGCCCUCCUGGCCAAGGCUGGGUUCAGAGUGGCUAACAACAUAAAAACCACACAAUAUGCAUAAAAACAGACACUAAUUAAUUAAAAUACAUCUUAACAUUAAAAUUAAUUAGGUACCACUCCGGCAGGAAGGUAAAUGGUGUUUCCAUGCACUGCUCUGGUUCGCCAGAAGUGGCUUAGUCAUGCUGGCCACAUGACCCGGAAGUUGUCUGCGGACGAACGUCGGCUCCCUCGGCCAGUAAAGCGAGAUGAGCACCGCAACCCCAGAGUCAUUCACGACUGGACUUAACUGUCAGGGGUCCUUUACCUUUUUAGAGCCUGGGCUGGAGGAUAGGAAGUCCCUGGUUUGAAUCUCUGGCAUCACCUCAGUGGUGGAGCUUCAAGCUCCUGCGGAGGGGGUGGAGAGCAGGUGGGGGCAUGGCUGGCACACUUCCCAGGGGCAUGGUGCACCAUCCGCAGGGGUGUGGCAUGCGUCCUGGUGGCAUGGAAUGCUGCCUGCAGGGCGUGGCGCCCAGCACAGGGGGGCAGCCGCAAUGGCACCUCACUGGGAUCAUGCCACUGGGGGCUGUGCGCUCCCCCCGCACCCCUGUUCCUCCGCAAGUGCAUCACCUCAGUAGGUGGCCGUAAGCAUAUAUAAGCAAGCUCUUUUCUCUUUCAGCCUCAGUCCCUGCAUCUGAAAAAUGGGUAUAAUAAAUAUCAAACUAGCAAUACCAGAAAGCAGGGUGUUGUUGCAAGAAUCACCGACAUAACGUACAAUAUUUUGAACAUCUGAGGACAUGUAAGUACUAACAAUUACCACCAUUACUUUCAAAGCUACUAUUACCAUUUAAUUCAGAUCAUAAUGCAGCAUGAUUUUGUGGUGUUCAUCCUUUUGUGGGGCAAGAGUCAUCCUUUUCAUUUGUGUCAUUGGAUGAACACCUUUGGAAUUUUUUGUCCUAUUUAUUUUCUUCCAUGUACAGUGGUACCUCGGUUCUCGAACGUAAUCCAUUCCGGAAGACCGUUCAAGUUCUGAAACGUUCGAAAACUGAGGCACAAAGGGCUGUCUGCAAAUUCAACUGAGAAAACUGAAAAACAUGCAGCGGAAGCCGUUCGACUUCCAAGGCGCUUUCGAAAACAGAAGCAUUUACUUCCGGGUUUUCGGAGUUCAGGUUCCAAAACAUUCGUUAACGGAGAUGUUCCAGAACCGAGGUACCACUGUAUUUUGGUUUAAAUGAUUGACAAGCUGGUUGGUAUUUUAUACAUAUACAAGUCGCUUUGAGACAUCUUUUGUAGCAAAUGAUGGCUAAAUGCAACACAUAACGAUGGUGAUACUAAUACCAAUACAGUGGUACCUCCGAUUACAGAUGCUUCAGGUUAAAGACGCUUCAGGUUAGAGACUCUGCUAACCCAGAAAUAGUACCUCAGGUUAAGACCUUUGCUUCAGGAUGAGAACAGAAAUUGUGUGGCAGUGCAGCGGCAGCGGGAGGUCCCAUUAGCUAAAGUGGUACCUCAGGUUAAGAACAGUUUCAGGUUAAGAACGGACCUCCAGAAUGAAUUAAUCCAACAGAACACCUGCUUGUUUUACUCCAGGGUGGGGGAAAAUUAAUACCUGCCAGCUUAUGCAGUCUUCACCCGCUUCACUUUCAUCAUUAUGCUACUAACAACUGAUAAACAUGGAAAUAAAACUAGGAAGACUAUACCAACAUCAGAAAUAUGAAGGAACCUUAUGGGAUCCACCUACUUCAGACCCACCUACUACAGCAGCCUCCUACUCACAGUGGCCAAUCAGGUGCCUCUAAGAAGUUGACAAGAAGUUGAGAAGCAGGGCAUGAAGGCAACAGCUCCUUUCAUUGUCCCUCCCUAGCAACUGGCCCCUAGGGGCUGCUG